AUGAUGUUGAGCAUGAGAAGUGGGAGGAAAGCAAUAAACAGCAGGUUUUUGACUGGGAAGUGUGAUGCUGCUGGUGAUAGCGUGACACUGAAGCAUAUAGUCACGUCCAAUGUUGCCGCUUGCGAAAGUGAUCACAAAAAGAAUGCAUUGACCGAAGCAUAUGCUAGUCUUGUCACAGUUAUGCAACAAAAAGCUGACUUCUCAAAUUUUGCUACAACAUGUUCUCGAUCGAAGGUCGUCAUAAUACCAAUUGCAGAAAGAAAAUCAACUGAGAUAGAGGCAACAAUACCCGCAAUGGAAGAGACGGACAUGGUAGUAGUGGGGGUGCAGCAUCCUUCCUUAAUCCAUGGACUGGAUGGGCCCAACCUCCAUGCCCUUAUCCUGCAGCCUCAUGACAACCUAGACCUCCAUGCCAAAUCGGUGUUCUUGGACUACGACCACCACAACAAUCACCCCCAGCCACUGAGACCCAUCCCGUCUCCCCCAUCGCGAACCACUGCGGGCCAUUUCCCAUCUCUAACCACUCUCUCACCGUCUCACCUAAACCUCACCUCCGCAAAACCCCCACUCGAACUCCUUGCCUUGAAGUCGCGCAUCCCUCACUCCUCCGUCGCGGGCCAUAACCCCACUGCUAGCCACUCAGUGUCAUCUCAUGUAGGUCGUCUCAUCUCCCUCGGCCUCCACUAUUAG